CGAGGUCAAAGGGGAGGGGGCGGGGCCGGAGACCCGCUCGAGACGGAGGGGGAAAUGGCGUCUACGGCGGCCGGGAAGCAGCGGAUCCCUAAAGUGGCGAAGGUGAAAAACAAAGCCCCAGCAGAGGUACAGAUCACAGCAGAGCAACUUUUAAGAGAAGCUAAAGAAAGAGAACUUGAGCUUCUUCCCCCCCCACCUCAACAGAAGAUCACAGAUGAAGAGGAGCUAAAUGAUUAUAAACUUCGAAAAAGAAAGACCUUUGAAGAUAAUAUAAGAAAAAACCGGACAGUUAUCAGUAACUGGAUCAAGUACGCACAAUGGGAGGAAAGCCUCAAGGAAGUACAAAGGGCUCGUUCCAUCUACGAACGUGCUCUAGAUGUAGACUACCGAAAUGUCACCCUUUGGCUGAAGUAUGCCGAGAUGGAAAUGAAGAACCGCCAAGUUAAUCAUGCCCGAAACAUCUGGGAUCGUGCUAUUACUACUCUACCAAGAGUCAACCAGUUCUGGUACAAAUACACUUACAUGGAAGAGAUGCUGGGAAAUGUUGCUGGAGCCCGCCAGGUGUUUGAGCGCUGGAUGGAAUGGCAGCCAGAAGAACAAUCCUGGCAUUCUUACAUUAACUUUGAGCUGAGGUACAAGGAGGUGGACAGAGCACGCUCUAUAUAUGAGAGAUUUGUCAUUGUGCAUCCCGAUGUUAAGAACUGGAUUAAGUAUGCCCGUUUUGAAGAAAAACAUAGUUAUUUUGCCCAUGCAAGGAAAGUAUUUGAGAGAGCAGUGGAAUUCUUUGGAGAAGAACAUAUGAAUGAGCAUCUGUAUGUAGCUUUUGCCAAAUUUGAAGAGAACCAGAAAGAGUUUGAAAGGGUGAGAGUAAUCUAUAAAUACGCCCUGGACAGAAUCCCAAAGCAUGAAGCUCAAGAGCUCUUCAAAAAUUACACCAUUUUUGAGAAGAAGUUUGGGGACCGACGAGGAAUCGAGGAUAUUAUAGUUAGCAAGAGAAGAUUCCAGUAUGAAGAAGAAGUGAAAGCUAAUCCACAUAAUUAUGAUGCCUGGUUUGAUUACCUGAGGCUUGUGGAAAGUGAUGCGGAUCCUGAUGCUGUACGUGAAGUUUAUGAACGAGCCAUUGCCAAUGUUCCUCCAAUUCAAGAAAAGAGGCACUGGAAGAGGUAUAUCUAUCUGUGGAUCAAUUAUGCACUGUAUGAAGAGCUAGAGGCAAAGGAUCCAGAGCGGACAAGACAAGUGUAUCAAGCUUGUGUUGAACUCAUUCCUCAUAAAAAGUUUACAUUUGCCAAAAUAUGGCUGUUGUAUGCUCAAUUUGAAAUAAGACAGAAGAAUCUCCAGUUUGCCAGGCGAGCAUUGGGAACAUCCAUAGGUAAAUGUCCAAAGAACAAACUGUUUAAAGGCUACAUUGAACUGGAGUUGCAGCUACGAGAGUUUGAUCGUUGCCGGAAACUGUAUGAGAAAUUUCUAGAGUUUGCCCCUGAAAACUGCACAUCAUGGAUCAAGUUUGCAGAGUUAGAAACCAUUCUUGGUGAUGUUGAUAGGGCCAGAGCUAUAUAUGAGUUGGCUAUUGGCCAGCCACGAUUAGACAUGCCAGAGGUUCUUUGGAAAUCUUACAUAGACUUUGAAAUUGAACAAGAGGAAUAUGAGAACACAAGAAAUCUUUAUCGGCGAUUGCUUCAGAGAACGCAGCACGUCAAGGUGUGGAUCAGUUUUGCUCAGUUUGAACUCUCAGCAGGGAAAGAUGACAGCUUACCACGGUGUCGGCAAGUAUAUGAAGAGGCUAAUAAAACAAUGAGAAAUUGUGAGGAAAAAGAGGAGAGGCUUAUGCUUCUGGAAUCCUGGAGAAACUUUGAAGAGGAAUUUGGAACCGAAUCCAGCAAAGAGAGGGUAGACAAACUCAUGCCAGAGAAAGUCAAGAAGAGGAGGAAACUUCAAGCUGAAGAUGGGUCUGAUGCUGGCUGGGAAGAAUACUAUGAUUACAUCUUCCCAGAAGAUGCUGCCAAUCAGCCCAACCUCAAACUGCUUGCAAUGGCUAAACUCUGGAAGAAGCAGCAACAAGAUGAUGAUCCAGAGACAGAUCCAGACAAGGAUGUGGAUGAAAGCAGUCCCUAGCACCACACUUGCUUUCCCUGUUCGAUUUUGUACAGAAUUUUUGCCAAUAAAUACAAUAAAUAUUUCCAAAAAAUA